UUGUUUGCAGGCAGAGCACACGAAGAUUUUACCACUACCGCUGGCACCGUCGUUUUCGACCUCUCUCCUUAUGCUCGCAUUAUUUCCCCUCCGUAUCUCUUCCUAAACGGUACCGCCUGGCAGCUUAACUCCAGCCUCGUCUUGCGACUCACUUUGCUUUCUUCGGGCUCCUGGGACACGCAGAUCAGCGUGGAAGUACAGUACAUUUGCUCUUCGCAUUUCGAAGGAAGUCUCUUUUUCUCUAACCAGUGGUGGGCGGUCGGCGAAGCCGACGAUGUCGCUCUCAAGGUCAUUUACUUUCUGCCCUCUUGCGCCUCUUCGGCAUCCCACACCAGCGGUCGAGUGCUUCUAGCAAGGAACCUGCGGGAGGAUGUGGUGAAGGCAAUCAGGGUCCUGCAGCGGCUGCAUGGCCGAGAUCCGCGCCUCAAACUCUUGCUUCACCUGGCUGAUGGGUUCGCCACACCAAAAGUCUGGCCGUGGUAUGUGGAUGAUACCUUCGUCGUCAUCGAACGGGUUAAGGUGUACAUCUUCAAAGAACGGCUCAAUAACGUCUUUACGAACAUACAGUUUAUGAUGGAGAAGGAAGAAAGCAUACAGUUUUGCCUUCCUUGA